UGUUGUUUGGAGCAGAAAGUAACGGAGCAAUCCAAAAGAAAGUCCAACAUAUGGCCGGUCUCAGCGGGACAUUUCAUCCUGAACCACAACUCCCCCUCAAAUCUGUGGUUUCCCUGUUUUCUCGGAACACACGUGCGCUCCCUGCAUCCUUCGCUCAGGAAAUGAACAGAAUAGAGUCAAAAAGAAACUAAAGAGAUUUUGCUUUUGAUGGCAAACAUGACAGGGAACAAUCCUGAAAUCCCUAAAUCCCAGUGGCUGUGUGGGUGUGCAUCAUUACAUUUCUGACGUGUUCUCCAUUACGUCAUGUAAAUUACAGUCUCUAGAAGUCCAGACUUACUAAAUCACCAAGGUGUUUCGGUCAACUUGAAUCAUCAUUACAUCUCGUCUUAUGCCUACAGGGAGCAAAGUGUUUUCAUAGAAACCCUGAGUCUGUGUCUUGAAAGGAUAACGGACAUUUAUUUACAGGCUCUUGACAGUAGAUAAAGUACAUUUUUAAAAUAGGCUCAGUAAUUUGUUACUGCAAACAUGCAGGAGAAAUCUACCUGCAUGUUUUUUUGGGAAGCCAAGGUUUGUUUUCCAAUAAAAUUCAACACCAACUAGUGCUGAAAUGUACUGUUCAGUCAUGAGUUCAAUACAUUUCAGAAGCAGUGAAUGGUUUUGAGGAUUAGAUUAGAAAUUCAGCAAGUUUGUUUCCCAUAGCAGGUGAGAUUAAAGUUUGCACUAGUAUGCCAUCUAGUGGUCUUUGAAUGUAUUGUCUUGUUCAAUCAAGCAAUACACUCAACCCCAAAUUAACAAGAAACAAAUCCUACUGAAAGCAUGUCCAUAUAGUGUACUGUGUGUAAACUCAACGCUUGAGGCCAUUGAGGCUCCUUAUUGUGUUUGUACCCGCUGCAGUACAACUGCCUUCGCCUCCUCUGUGUUUUAAAAUGUCCUGGUUGACGACUAAUAAAGAACAAUAAAGAAUACAAGAAACGCAGUGGUCAGACACCAGCGUGACGUGGCUCCCCAGAUAAUCACUGAGUAUGGAAAUUUCACACUGGACCUCCAGCAACUUGGGUUUUGUGCCAUCCCAGUCCCCAGAGUCUGCAACAUUGAUUUUCCAAAUGGAAUGCAAAAUGUACUUUUAUCUGACCGGACUUUGGACCACUGGACUGAAACCACUGUUUCAUCCUUCUGUGUAUUAUAUACAAUGUAUACCUAUAGCUAUAAUAUAUCGAAAUUCAGUGAAGUGAGACAGACUGAAGUUUAAUCAUAUUUCUUUUUGAUAUUCCAAAUAUUUUGGAUGGGUCUGUAGAUCUGUCCUGUCUCAGUGUAGCUGAACUCAUUACCCUCUGCAUCAUCUCCAAGGAUCAUUUUUCACCGUCUCCACUGCGUUCUUCCUUGUAUUUCCUGUCUUGUCUGGUGAAUUUGUGAGGUCAGAAGUUUAGGUGAAAACCAAUCCUCCCUCGGGAAGUACUGUAGUCACAAAAGUACAGGCAGCUAUUUAAAAACUCCUCGAUAAUGACGAGACACGGCUGGAAUCCUGGACCGACGCUCUUUCAUUGGAAACCUACCUCCAUUGCUCACAUGUAAACAUCUGAAGAACUUACAAAAAGACUAUUUUAAUCCUUUAAAGAAUAAAUUCUGUUCAGUUCUUUUCCUCCGUCAGGUCGAAACAACGUGCUCCUGUGCGUCUUUCUCCGAAUCCAGUGUUUAUUAAUAAACCUAAACAUAUCUGGGGUCGUCAUGGUCACACAUAGCAGCACGGUGAGCGUGAGGGAAGAAGGAGGUCGGCUCAGCUGUCUUUUUCACCCUCCCCUCCUCUUAGAGUUCAUCCGCACCCCAUUCUCCCUCUCACUCCCAAACCGUUCAGCUUUCUUUUGUAAUCUCAACUACAAACUGUUCAACUCCUUCCACACGUUUACCAUCAGGAGACGCCACAGUGAAAAAGGACCGGGGAUAUAUAUGCUAAUUGGUUGUUGCAGGACCAAAAGGAGAUCACUUCAUGAGAAUUUGGCUAACCCAAUGGAGGACCAAGAGGACGACUUAUCCUCUAUUGGAUUUGGGCCACUUUUUAUCAGAGAAGAUAAGGGGGAUACUGAUGGAAGCAUCGUGGAACAGAGUGACAGUAACCAAAACCCCAAAGGGCAAAACUUCACUGGAAAACUGGGUAAACAAUCAAAGCCAUACCUACAGGAAAUGGACGCCUUACUGAAAGGUUGUGAAAAGCUUACAGGUAUUCCUUUUAGAUCACGCCACAUUGAGGGUUACUCGGAAGCAAGUCUGAGUAAGUCCAGUUGGAAUCGAGGCAAAGAGGAGGUCCAAACAGAAACCCAUGUCGAAGCACCCAGUUCUCCUCAAGACAGCCGUUCCUCCUGCUACAUUGACGCACACAUGGACCGGACUGAAAUAAAAGCUGAAUGGGCAGAAAGCCAAAACUUAGGCACAGUAAUCCACAGGCAUGGGACGUCUCAUCACUCAGAGAUGCCUCUAUCCACAGUUGGCAACAACCUGAGUGCCAGCAUGUUGGAGUGUGAGGGCCAGCUGUUGGGGAUUUUGGCCAUGCUUGAAAGUUGCAUGGAGGAGGCUGGCAUGGAGUUCGACCCACAAGAUCGGACAGCAGACGCAGGCCAAGACUAUGUGCACAUCAGAACGGAUCCACAAUAUCCUACUGGUACAGCCCAGAUGGAGGAUCAGCCAGAGAGCCAAACACUGUUGCCAAUUAAUGUUGAUUCUGUUGGCAAAGGCAAUAAUGCUUCAGAGGCUGGUGAGAUUGGAGAAGCAAUAAAAUCAGCAAGAAAAGGAAGCCCACAUGAUCAUUUGGCUGGUUGCUCAAAGGAGAGACCAGAGAGGCAAAGUAAUCUUGAAGUAGAUCAGAGGCCUGACUUCUUGUUUUCAGAUCUGCAAGUGCCUCUGGAGCAAGAUCCAAAGGUCUGUGGGGAAACAAGCACUGGACAAAGGUUCAAUGAAGAGACUGAGACUAUUGAAGACAUUACCAAAGCAGGAGUAGAUGACACAAACAUGACUGAAGAGAGACAUAAAACUGAUCUUGAAACGGACAUGAAUAGAUUGAGGUCUCAGAUGGAGGACUGCAUAGAGGAGGUGCAACGAUUGGAGAAACGGAGGAAGGAGUUACUGUUGGAGGUGCUGCAGCUGAGAGGGCCCAGAGAAGAAGAGGAUGAGAAAAGGGGAAGCAGGGACGAAGAGGAGUCUGAGGAGUCGAUUGAUAGAAAAGCUGUGGAGCUGUUCACUACUCUCAGGACAGAAGAGGAGGGAAGACGAGAGGAGAGAAAAAGGGAGAUUCAAGGCCUCAGGGAAGAGAGGGCAGAGGAAGAGAGGAAGACAUGGAAGGUGAACCUGGAGAGACAGGGACUGCAAGACGAACUCAGGAGGCUGAGGAGGAAGCUGUUUGCUGUGGCAAGGGACUGUGCCCAGAGUCAGGCAACACUAAACAAUCAGCGCUGUGAUGUGGAGUUACUGAAGAUGGAGGAGGAAAAGUUGAACUCUUUGGUGUUGCAGCUGACAGAGGAGACUUGCCAACUCAGAUCAGACCAGCAGGAACAAGUAUUGAAGCUCGAAGCAGAGCUUCACCGCAGAAGCUCCGGACAGACCUCCAACACUCAGGAGGACCUGACUGAGUGCAGGAGGAAUUCCUGUGAGGAUGUCCAGCAGUACGUCCAGGGUGGACUGAGAGCACUGGAAGACAGAUAUGAGCCCAUUUUGGAGGCCCUGCUGAAGAGAAAAGAGGCAGCGGCUGGUGCCCUGGUGAAAGUCAAAGAGCAGUCCCAGGAGCUGAGGGUCCAGGUGAAACCUCUGAGGGAGGAGAUUCAGAAACUGGAGCUGGAGAGGACCUGUUUGGAGGAGAGACUCAAACUGACCUACAUGCAGAGGCAGGAGGAUGCAGGUCGCCACAAGGAAGCUGUGCGUUUUCUGGAGGAGAGAAUUCGAGAGCUGAGGACAGAGCUGGAGAUUCAGAAGAGAAAAACAAAGGACAUGGAAGAGUUGAGAGAAAACCUCACCAAGCAGCUCCUGCUUUACAGGACAACAACCGAGGUCCACCACAGCUGUGAUCAGCAAGGAAGAACAUGAUCAUGCUUUUCUUUUUGGUUGGAAAACAGCCUUGUCAUUUGUGUUGUAAUUUUGAAUUUGUAAGAGAGGGAGAUUCAUAGAUUUCAAGUAUGCACUUUAUCCAAAUUGUUUGCCUGUGAAGUAGGAUGCACCAUGUAGAAAGGUUUCUGUUUCGAAUAAAGGCCUGGUGUUUCUUACAGUGCGAGUGUGACUGAUGACUUAAUGUCUCUCUAAAGAACAGAGAGUUCUUCUUAGGCUUAUAAGGGCAAGAGUUUUGAA